AUGGAAGGGGUGAAGGUUAAUGUAAAAGCCAGAGAGAUCAUCAAACCAUCCUCACCAACAUCCCAGAACCUCAAAAUCUUCAAACUCUCCCUCCUAGACCAGAUUGCCCCUCCAUUGUACGUUCCAUGGAUUUUUUACUAUGCAAUACCCAGUACUGGCCGGAAAGAAUCGAAUGCCAUCGAAACCCGGGAACGAAUUAAUCACCUAAAGCAAUCCUUAUCCCAGGCUUUAACUCGAAUCUCUCCUCUUGCUGGAAGGGUCAAAGACAACCUUUUUAUUGAAUGUAACGAUGAGGGUGCAGAUUUUUCAGAAGCCGAAGUAAAUUGCCCACUGUCGGAAAUUCUCAGGCGACCGGAAGUUGGUGUUCUAGAUCAACUCCUUCCUCGUGACUAUCGUUGUAGUAAUCCAUCCAUGGAAUUAAUGCAAUUGGCCAUUCAAGUCAAUAUCUUUAGCUGUGAGGGAAUGGCCAUUGGUAUCUGCGCGUUGCACAAGCUUGUUGACGGGGCCACGCUGUCUUUUUUUGUCAACAUGUGGGGUGCCAUUAAUGCCAGUGGUGGUUCUGCCGGAGAUUCUUUCACUCCAUUUUUUCCGGGGUCACAACUCUUCCCACCAAGAAAUUUAUCAGUGCCAAGGUUUGAAAUUCCAAAAGCCAAGUGCAUUACAAAGAGAUUUCUGUUCCCGGCCUCAAAGAUUGCUGCACUGAAGGAAAGAGUACUUCUUGCUAGCAAAACUGAUAUAAUUUUCAGUCCAACCCGAAUUGAAGUGGUUACCCUGCCAGAAUCUGCUUCUGGGAAUCUUUCCUGGCUGGCAAUUGCACCGGCACCGGCACCGGCAACGGAAAAGAGCCUCAUAGAGCUCCAGGACUUGGUGAAACAAAUCAGAAAUGCAAUAAAGACAAUAGACAAGGAUUACGCGAGGGAGAUGCAAGGUGAAAAUGGAUUUUCAUUGAUGAGUGAGUGUCUUAAACAAGUUGGAGAUCUAGUACCCGAGAAGGUGGAAGUAUUCAGGUUUAUCAGUUGGGCAAAGUUCCGGCUACAUGAAGCAGAUUUUGGGUGGGGAAAGCCUAUUUGGGUGAGUACAGCCGGAUCAGCGUUCAAGAAUACUAUAGUAUUCAUCGAGAAAUUAACGGGGGAUGAUCAUGAUCAUGGAAUUGAAGCAUGGGUGAGCAUGGAUGAGCAAGACAUGUCCAUUUUCGAGAACAACCAAGACCUCUGCUCAUUCGUUUCCCUCCAUUGA